AGUACCAGCUGAGAGUUUGAGUUGUUCGGACGUGGUUGUUGUGUCGAACAAUCUUAACCCAAAAACAGCUUUCAAUUUCAUUUUGAUUUUUUUUUUUUGCAUUGGUUCGUGCAUCAACUCUUGGAGGUUCUCUUAUUUCUUUUUACUCUGUUUACAUUUUUUUUGUUGUUUUUGUUUCUAUCGACACAAUAAAAGAUAUCUAGGAAUUCAUUAUAGUAAACAAAGAUUUGCGAUCGUUUUUUUUUUUUUUUUUCUUUUAUUGUUCUGAAAAAAAGCUCAUUCCAGUUCAUACUCGAUAAAGUAGUUUGUUGUCAUUAAUUUGUGUUAAACUUUUUUACCAAACAACAAAAGUUCUAAGAGGUUUUAUAUAUGUUUUUUAAACUAAAAAAUUUUAUUCACUUUGUUGUACCUUGAAGACCGAUCGUGCCGCUACAACAAACGUGUUUGUGUGUGACUUGAAUGCAUUGGCCAAAAUACAAUUACCAUUGUUUUUAUUUUAUUUAAUUUAUUACUCAAUAAAAUUUCCAUCGGUUUGAAAAAGACCAACACAAAAAAAGUGAACAAAAUCAUUGAAUCACAAUUUGGAUUUUAAUUAAAAAUUCAUUCGCUCCGACUUUGAUCUGCGAUCGUGAGUGGCAACGCCAAUCUUUUCGAAUGUGAUAGAACGAGAUGAAAAUAGAUGUGUGGGUCUAUUAACUCUAGAUAGCGCCUAAAGAAUUUCAACGCUAAAAUACAUCGUAAAAUGUGAUAAAUAAAUCAGCACCCACAUUUCAGAACAGAAGACUAAAUUUAAAAAAAAAUCUAAACAAAUAACAACUUUUUUUAUAAACAAAAAAAAAAUAAACAAAAAAUAAAAAAAUGAUAUCAAACGAUAAAACAAUAAUCACACAGUCAAAUUCUGACACAUUGGAUCCAAAGUACACCAACAAUCUUUCAUCAUUCACUGACCAUGAUGAUGAAAGUAAUAGAGUAGAAGAGCGAGGCAUCAACCAAGUCGACGAUGAUAUUCAAAUGAAACUCAAUAAUAUCUCCUGUGAUACAGACGAUGGAGAUGAUGAAGACGAAGAAGAAUUGGAAGAAAAUGGAAUGAUGAGUGACGAUGAUGCCCCAACAACUGACUGGAUCAUUGAAAAUGUUCGAGAUCCCAGUGAUUCCAAUGAUGCUGCAAGUGCAGCAGCAAUGUACCUGAACGAUCUAGUACUGGAUCGUGAUGAAGAAGAAGAGACAAUAAAUGAGCUGGUAAAUGUUUCAGAAGUUGAGGGUCAAUUAAUGGAGAGUUCUCAACAAAAUCGUAUGCGUGUUGCAUUUGGUAUUAUACUUCGACUAGUGUUACCCUUGGCAAAUGGUGUUGCACGAAGUUUGAAAGGUAUUCGUGAUGUACGCUUUUUACAUGCACUUAGAAAUCUAGCCACAAGCCGUCAAGGCCUUACCAAUGCACUAGCCUAUGCAGCAAAUACAAUAUCCAUGAGCUUAUCUUCUGUUCAAGUCUCCCACCGAAUUGAUCCAUUGUUGAAAAUGAUGAAACUCAAACGCUGCGAUGGUAGUAUGAUUGAAAGCAUUCCUGAUAGUCCGACACCUCCAUCGACACCAUUGAUGCGUGAACCAAAGUAUACGAAUACCAGCAGUACGACCACUGAUCAUCAUGAAGAAACAAAAGCGAAAAAAUGUUGUACGAUUAAAAUUCUAACUGAACCUCCUCCUGGUACACCGAUUCGAGCUGAUAUUGUUCUAAUUCAUGGUUUGCAUGGUUCACUGGCAAAUACAUGGAAACAGGGUUUAUGGAAUAAUGAUCGAAAACCUGAACAUUUUGAACGACCACCAAAGCCUGAAGUUAGGCCUCCGAAGAGGCCAAGACAUUCCCGAUCGAAUAUUAUGGUACCAACGCACAAGGAGAAGAGAAGACGUUAUUCGGAUGAAGAACAUUUUGCGUCUAGCUAUCAUCAUGAGAUUGAAAUUGAUGAUAGUUGCAAUGAACAAGAAAAUAAUGGUUUCACCUACGAAUGCGGUACACCUGAAGAAGUCCUAUUUUGUGAUGGGGUCGAAUACAGUUUCCCCUCAUUCCGACUUCGCCUAAACAACGAUAGUAAAUUCGUAGAACCCGAAUAUGAAUCCACAACAAAAACAGACACGAAAAAACCUUCAGUUAAUGAUCCCAACUAUUCCAAAUGUUGGCCUCGAGAUUGGUUACCGUUGGAUUGUCCUGGAGUACGAGUUCUAGCUAUCAAUUACACAACCGAUCAAUAUCUCUGGAGACCUGUGUGGAAAACGAAAGAAGCAAGAUCAGGCUUGGUUGAAAGAUCACGAGAAAUGACUGAAUUGCUGAUAAAGAAUAAAGUUGGCUAUGGUCAUCCAAUUAUAUGGGUAGGUCAUUCAAAAGGUGGCAUUUUUGUAAAACAAAUUCUUGCCGAUGCUUGGGAAAGUGGACGUCCAACUGCAGCGCCAUUGUGGAGAUCCGCGAGAGGGGUGUUUUUCUAUUCGGUACCACAUCGUGGAUCACAUUUGGCAUCAAUAAAUGCACCACUUUUGAGACGAUCUGUGGAAUUGAUUGACAUUGAGAAAAAUAAUAAAUACCUUUUGGAUCUUCAUAGAAGAUUUGUGGGGCUAUAUCAAAUGGGUCAUUUGAAAAUUGAGGUUUUCAGUUUUGUGGAAACAGCCUUAACACUUAUGUCGGUGCUUUACUUGAGAAUUAUUGGUGUUGAUUCAGCAGAUCCCGGAAUUGGUGAAGUUUGCGGUCUGCACUUAGAUCAUCGUCAAAUUUGUAAGCCAAGAAGUCGAGAAUGUAUUUUGUACAAGGAACUUGUAAAAAUGAUCAACAAAGUUUGUUAGCAUUCUCGUUCAGCUAGCCAUUAGUUUUAUUAUUAUUUUUUUUUUUUUUUGUAUAUAUAAAUAAAGUUUAUAAUUAAUAAUAUUUUGUAAAUAUUUUAAAAAAUUUAUAAAGAAAAAAACAAAACGAAACCAAAAAUAAUAAAAAAUAAUAACAAAUCAUUCUUCCGUAGUUUUUCACAUUUUUUCAGUUUAGUAUAACUUAGAUUAGAUAGAUAGUAACCUCUAAAAAUUUUGUAUAUGAAUCCGUAAAAAUUAACAAAAAAAAAAAUACAAAUUUUGUAAGACCAUGAAUGACAAAGCUUAAAUAAAUUUAAGCAAAACGGAUUUAGGAGGGAUUUAUACAAUAUUUUUUAUGCAACAAAAUAUAAUACGAAUUUAAAUGUUAUUGCUUUGUUUUUUUUUUUUUUAUUAAAUUUUUGUUACACAUUUAAUUAUUUUUUAAGUUUUAUAUUAAAAAAAAUGCAUUAUAAAUAAUAAUGUAUGUAGGUUUUUCUUAAUUUUUCGAAAAGCUGUGAAUUAUAAAUUGGAAUGUGAUCUGGUUUUCUUAAAGAAAAAAAGAAAAAGAAAAAAAAAAUAAUAAUAAAUAAAUAUGUAAUGAAACAAAAUGUACAAUUUUGUGUCAAAUAUUAAAAAAAGAAAGAA